AUGAGAGAAGCCCCGCCGAAGUUGAUCCCGACUGUUGCCAUUCCAGCCGUAAAAUGUGACUGUACACUCGCCCUUACGGUGGCAGCCGAGUACUGGCUCUCGCCGGAGAUAAUAGAUACCAUCGCGCAGUCCGGAGUUGCAUACCCAGAGAAGAAGGACCUCCACCUGGCGGCAUACUGGUCCAAGCACGAGAGGGCAUACGAGGCGGCUUCACUGCGAUUGAUCGCCAAGAUAUCGUGGAGUUUCGGCUUUCUGGCAGAUGAAAAGUCGGGGCAGGAUGAAGUUGUCGCACUGAGAAGUACUAGUGAGCUCUUCUACACCCUUAUUUUCAUUCCACAUCUCAUGCAUGGCAUUCAAGAGAAACCAGCCAACGUGGAGAGCAAAUACCCCCACUGGAGGUGA